AUGUCAUCUCCAAAGGAAGCUUCCCCCUCCCUUUCUUCAUCCUCACUGUCUUCUCCUUCGUCUUCCCCACCAUCUUCUGCCAGCGUCUUGGGGACUGCUUGGGCUGGCUCCUCCAUGCCUCCGGCAACAGCUUAUAGCCCACCCUCACAGGUCUCAGGAGACCAUUUCAGUGUUUCUACUCGAACCAUGAGGCAAGCCAGAGCUCAUGGAGCACCCAAGGACAUUCCGCUGUAUAUGCCUCAUGGUCAAGUGCUGGAGCAAGCUGAAUACUGUCUGGUGAGGCCUGGGGAAGAUGACCUCAUAAUUACUAGGCCACCCAAUCCUGCAAAGACGGCUUCUGGAUGGUAUCAGGAAGCAAAGACCCCUCUUGGGGACACCAGAACCAUCCAGAAAGUCCCACACCCCAUUAUGAACAACAGGCAUUUACCAGACCAAGAGCUAUCUCCCAGGGGUGCAGAGACUCAGGAAGACUCAGGAGGCUGGAGAGCAAGAUCCCGGCGGGGAGCUACACAUGGGCCAGAACCAGCAGAGAGGCAGAAGUCAAACUUGAAGAAGUUAGUCCUCAGUCCCGAGCAGAAGACCAAUCUGCUGGACUGGAAUGACUCAGCCCCUGAGAGCUUGCACUUUGAAACUGGAGCACAGUUUUCUCAGAAAGUGGCUCAGAAUGGCAGAGAAGGCCAUGUGCUGAAACCAGUCAGCCCCUUACAGUUCCCCCCAGGAGUGAAAGAGCCCCAGUCAGCCCAUAGAGAAACCCCCGAGAGGGCAGGGACCCCAGCCGAGCAGGUUCCGUGGGAGCGACCAGUGCCUGUACCCAAGUCCCCCUUGCGGAUCCUAGCAGAUGCCUUCUGGAGGACCCUAGAGCCCAUGUUCAUCUCUGAAGGCGGGAGGAAGGCCACCGUCAAGCCCAAAUCCAAGACUUUGCCCACCAGCCAGUCACACGCUUGCACUCGCUCACUCAGCCUUCGGAACUCCAGUUCCAGUAAAGACUGGGACCCACACUUCCCAGGAAGAGAGGCGUUGAGCAGAGCCUCAACCUUCUUCUCUCGGGGCACCCCGACUGCCAGGACUGACCAACCUUUAGGCCCCAGCCUCCCCAACCUUGCCUUCCACACCCAGAGCUUACCCAACCGGGGAUCCAAGACGUCUGCUUUCAAUUCCCCAUCCUGCAGCAGAAUCGAAGAUGUCCCCUCUCUCAUGGAGAAAGUGAGUUUGCAAGAAACCUACCCAGAGGCCUCCAGGGUUCCAAAGAGAACUAUCUCACUUGCAUCAUCCUUUAGACUCAAGGAAAAAUCUUGGGAGAGUCUCUCCCAGGAACCCAGGUACCAAAACGACCUCUGGAGCAGCCCCGGGGGCAACACGGUGCCCUUGGACAACACCCAGCCCCCAGAGAAGCAGGGGUGGAACCUGGGAGGCGCCCACCGAGGGUGCAAGGACCACCCCUUUCUGGAGAGAGAUGCAGAUCCCUGGCACAUCCCCGUCAGAAUGCAGGUGAGAGGGACUGACUCUUCAACCUCCUCCUCUUCUGCAGAUGAAGAAUUGGACCCUCAGCCUAGCUUGCGGUCAAAGGACAGUAAGACACUUAGAAGGAGGAGGAAACUGGAAAAGGAAACAAAACAACUGGUUAAACAAGAAGAAUUGAAAAGACUUCAUAAAGCUCAGGCCAUCCAGAGACAACUGGAGGAGGUGGAGGAGCGGCAGAGGGCUUCCGAGGUCCAGGGCGUGAGGCUGGAGAAGGCGCUGAGAGGAGAAGCAGAUUCAGGCACACAGGAUGAAGCACAGCUUUUGCAGGAAUGGUUUAAGUUGGUUCUGGAGAAGAAUAAAUUAAUGCGCUAUGAGUCGGAGCUACUGAUCAUGGCCCAAGAACUAGAACUAGAAGAUCAUCAAAGCCGACUGGAACAGAAAUUAAGAGAGAAAAUGCUCAAGGAGGAGAGCCAAAAAGAUGAGAAUGAUCUAAAUGAGGAACAAGAAAUAUUCUCCAAGAUGAUGCAAGUGAUUGAGCAAAGGGACAAACUCGUAGAUUCUUUGGAGGAACAACGCAUCAAAGAAAAGGCUGAAGACCAGCACUUUGAAAGCUUCAUAUUCUCCAGGGGCUGCAGGCUGAGCAGGACCUGA